CAUUAGGGUGAUGUAGCCCAUUACUAUGUACUGUAGAAAAUAAUACAUCUUAUUUAUCCCAAACUUUUACUAACUUCUUGAAAAGUCUAACAGUUUAAGAAUUUGGGCACCAACUUCAAAUCUUUCACGUAAGAAUUGCCUUUCUUUGCAGAUCUAUUUUUGGAAAUGGAAAUAUUUUAUCCAUGUUCCUUUGAUCAAAGUUGCUUUAAUAAAUUUUUCAAAUUUCUUAAGCGUUACUGGACAUGGUCUCCUUGGUGUAUUAUGAGAAAAUAAUCAUAGAGUGUGAUGUGCCCAUUCGGCCUCUUAUAAACUGGAAUGUGGAAUUUUUGUAUUGCUAGCUUUACAGAGCAUGUGGUAUACCUUUUCCCCUCCUGUAAAUGAAUUCUGUGCGCCUGUUGCUAUAGCCCCAGAGAUAGUUCUUACACAGUUAAUAUUAUAUUGCAUAUGUCUACUUUCCUAUUUGAAGUACUGUACACUAAAAAUAACCACUUGGAACAUGUAGUGUGAUUUUUAUUUUAUUUUAUUUUUGGUGACAUUUUGAAAAAUGAAUAUUCUACCACCAGACUUGUUUAGGUUUGCUCUGAAGGAAAUGGUUAAAGUCCCCCCACACCCCUCUUUCAAAGAGAAAGAAGCCACAUCACCAGAGGAGCUCUUGGUGUUACCUUGCCAUUUCUGUCUGGUGCUGAGGCUCAGUCUUGGCCACACACAUUGGCAAAAGGCACAUGCCCUAUUGAACUAAUUCUCCAGCACCAGGCAAAUGCUUGCCUUUUCAAGACCCUUUUAUCUUAGUGUUUGUGUAAAGACUAUUUACAUUAAAACAGGUUAUUCAUUCUGAGUUGAAAUUAUUUUAUUCCUUGGUAGGACUUCACUAUGUAAAUGGAUUUUUUAAUGUUAUUUCAUACUGUAGUGUCAGUGAUUAAGAACUGGACUUCUCAAAAUCCCAUUUAUGUUUUUUAUCCUUUAAUAGCAUUUGUCAUUUGCAAGCUAACCUGAUUUAGUUGCUUUCUGUUCUUCAUGGUAUCAUAAAUAUUUCAUAGCUUGACUCUCACAACCAGUUAUUACAGUGUAGUAUAUACAAUUGUUUAAAUUACUAGAGGAAACACUGAACUAAGGAAAAGGUUUGACAACCAUUUCAUUGCCCUCAUAACUUUGAAAAGAGUAAGCUGUUUUGUCAGUAUCCUAUAGCACCAUAUAAUUUGCUUUAAAUUGAGCCUUGAUAAUACAGAAUAUUAUGAGUUAAAAGAGAAAUGUUCUUGACUUAGGAAACAAAAUUUAAUUUUUAGCCAGUAGUAUUGUGAAAUUUUCACUUUUUGAAAUAUUUGUCAAAGUUUACUAUAUAACUAAACUAAAUAAUCUAGAGGCAAAAUUUUUUCAUAAAUUAAAUAGCAUUUAAAAUAUACACAAAGUACAAAUGUGACAUCUUCAAAGCAAAAUAUUUAAAGUUGACUCUUGUUGAUUCUUAAAAUAUGACCAAUUUUUAAAUUUUAGUUAUAAGUGUGUGUAUGUAUAUUAUUCAUAUUUGGCAUCCUUUGCUUUAUUAAAACUUUCAUCUAACAAAAGACUUUUCCCUACAUCCUUCUCUGUUGUUCAAUUACUGUUAAUAAGUUAUUUAGAUUUAGAUAUAUUCUGUGAUGAAAUUGCUAUGAUGACUUAAUUUUUUAGUUCUUUUGUGAGGGAAUAAGCAGUUUGAUAUUUGUAAUGUCCUCCACAAAGCCCUUCACCAUCACCCCCACUGCUGACCCCCUGAGGAGAAAAUUGGUGCUACACUGUACUUUGCUGCAGAAUUGGCUAAUGGGAUUUUACAGGGAGCUUUCACUUCUGUGAUUUUCCCUUCCCUCCCUAUUAGGAAAGAAUGUCACAUUUAAGUCACACUGCCUCUAAGACAUCUGAUAAUUUGAUUCUCUUCCUUAAUACAACUCUGCUAAACCCACGUCCCUUUUAUAAAUCUCUGUGUUGAUGAUGCACAGGGGCCUGCAGAGAUUACAGGUGCCAUGAAUAAAAAUAAGAGCAAGAAAUUUAAGGCCUAUCAGAGAGGGGUGUGGUUAAGGUAAACUUGGUGAGCAAAAGGAAAAGAUAUAUCCGUGUUUAUGAGUGUAAUUGGGGGAGAAAAGAAACUAGAGGGGAAAAAAGCAUCUCUUAGGGAAGAAUAGGAAUGAAAGAAGCUGGGGACUGUUUCCAGUAUCUUAAGUUAAUAGCUAAAAAUGCCUUUUCUGUUAAGAAGCAGUGUUGAAGCAUCAUGUUUUCCCUUAGAGUACUGUUAUCUUUUCUAAAAUUGUCAUUAAUUGCAAUUCUAUAACCUGAAAAAAUUAUUAUAGUGGAAUUUCUUGUACGUAUACGCUUAUAUGUUUCUCGGUUAUUUGUUUUCUGUUGAUGCUUAGUACCAUGAUGAAAAACUGAGCAGUUUGUGCUAUUGGGUGGGUUGGGGGAGGGGGUCUUUUCUUUUGAUGACAUAUUUAAACCAUCUUAAAUAUGAUGACUGAGGAUUAAGUCUGGCAGGCAACUCUGUAUUUUGUAUUAGACUUCAAAAUCUUUUCUUCUUUUUUUUUCUUUUUUUUUUUUUAAAUCCAGGAGAAUGCUUUAUUGCAACUUUUAGCUGACUAGAUGCUUAACUUAGUAACAAGUUUAGCCCUUGUAACUGGCUAGCUAAAAGCAAAUCGGCUUGUUUCUCAGAUCUUUGGGGGAUAGCAAGAAACAUUUGAGUGAAUGUUGUUGAAGAUUUUCAGUAGUAUAGAAAAUGAUGGCGCUCUUGUGAUAUUUGUAAGUACAAGCAAGGAUUUGGCACAGACAUCCUAUUUCAUGGCUACCAACAGUCUACAUCUUACAACCUUCUGUCUUCAGUACAAACCAACAGUGAUAGCAUGUGUAUGCAUUCAUUUGGCUUGCAAAUGGUCCAAUUGGGAGAUUCCUGUAUCUACUGAUGGAAAACAUUGGUGGGAAUAUGUGGAUCCUACAGUAACUUUAGAAUUAUUGGAUGAGCUAACACAUGAAUUUCUACAAAUUCUGGAGAAAACACCUAAUAAAUUGAAGAAGAUUCGAAACUGGAGGGCUAUUGAAGCAGCUAAGAAACCAAAAGUAGAUGGACAAGUAUCAGAGACACCACUUCUUAGUUCAUCUUUGGCCCAGAACUCCAUUUUAGUAGAUAGUGUUACUGGUGUGCCUACAAACCCAAGUUUUCAGAAACCAUCUACAUCAGCAUUCCCUGCACCAGUACCUCUAAAUUCAGGAAACAUUUCUGUUCAAGAAAGCCAUGCAUCUGAUAAUUUGUCAAUGCUAGCAACAGGAAUGCCAAGUACCUCAUACAGUUUGUCCUCACACCAAGAAUGGCCUCAACAUCAAGAAUCAACAAGGACAGAACAGAUGUAUUCACAGAAACAAGAGACAUCUUUGUCUGGUAGUCAGUAUAAUAUCAGCUUCCAGCAGGGACCUUCUGUGUCACUGCAUUCAGGAUUACAUCACAGACCUGACAAAAUCUCUGAUCACUCUUCUGGUAAGCAAGAAUAUACUCAUAAAGCAGGGAGCAGUAAGCACCAUGGACCAGUUUCUGCUGCUCCUGGAGUAAUUCCUCAGAAAAUGUCUUUAGAUAAAUAUAGAGAAAAGCGUAAGCUAGAAACCCUUGAUCUGGAUGUAAGGGAUCAUUACUUAGCUGCCCAGGUAGAACAGCAGCACAGACACGUGCAGUCACAGGCAGCCAGCAGCAGUUUUGUAACUUCUCCCAUUAAGAUGAAAAUCCCCAUGUCAAAUACUGAAAAAUCUGACAAGUAUAUGGCAGAUAAAAAGGAAAAAAGUGGAUCACUGAAAUUACGAAUUCCAAUACCACCCACUGAUAAAAGCACCAGCAAAGAAGAACUGAAAAUGAAGAUAAAAGUUUCUUCUUCAGAAAGGCACAGCUCUUCUGACGAAGGCAGUGGGAAGAGCAAACAUUCAAGCCCACAUAUUGGCAGAGACCAUAAGGAGAAACACAAGGAGCAGCCUUCAAACCGCCAUCACCCGAGCAUUCACAAGCAUUCCCACACACACAGCGGCAGUAGCAGUGGUGGCAGUAAACAUAGUGCUGACGGAAUACCACCCACUGUUCUGAAGAGUCCUGUUGGCCUGAGCAGUGAUGGCAUUUCCUCUAGUUCCAGCUCUUCAAGGAAGAAGCUGCAUAUCAAUGAUGCAUCUCACAACCAUCACUCCAAAAUGAGCAAAAGUUCCAAAAGUUCAGGUAGUUCAUCUAGUUCUUCCUCCUCUGUUAAGCAGUAUGUAUCCUCUCACAACUCUGUUUUUAACCAUCCCUUACCCCCUCCUCCCCCUGUCACAUACCAGGUGGGCUACGGACAUCUCAGCACCCUCGUGAAACUGGACAAGAAGCCAGUGGAGACCAGUGGUCCUGAUGUCAAUCACGAGUACAGUACAAACAACCAGCAUAUGGACUACAAAGACACAUUCGACAUGCUGGACUCGCUGUUAAGUGCCCAAGGAAUGAACAUGUAAUCAUUUGUUUAGGUCAAUUUUUCCUUUACUUUUUUAAUUUAAAAAUUGUUAGAAUGGAAAAUUUCCCUCCGAUCUAGCAGUGGUAUCACCUGCUAUUGCUGCCACUGCUUCAAUAUUUGUAAGUGCUGCUUUAUUCUUCAUUCUGAAAAGAAGAGAUUAUAGUAAACAAGUCUUUUAUCUCCACAUAUGAUAGUGUUAUAAAUACUGUUAAAGCAUGGAAGGUGCAAAAUUCAAAUGUUUCUACAGAUGCAGCUAAGAACAUUAGAGUGAAUGGCUGGCUGCUUUUAGGAAUAUAAGAUGCCUCAAGCAUUCAUUAUUUAUAAUUUGAAAGUUGUAGCUAUUUUUUGUUGCUUGGCUUUUGAAUGAGUGUAAAUUGUUUUCUUUUGUGUAUUUAUAAUUGUAUGUAUGAUUUGCAUGUUUUGAUGACAAAGGGAUAAAGCAGUAUACUGAUAACUGUUUACAAGAAAGUGGAGAAAAAUGUACAUACAUUUUUGUAUGUUUAGAUAUUACCAUAAAUACUCAGGAUUGGAGCUGCUUGUAAGUAUAACAAUAUACAGAAUAACUUUAUUUUAUCUUGUCUGAGUCCAUCACUAAUUUAAAACAGAGGUGGCAUUUUUUUCAUGUUAACCUUAAACUCUAGGCCUUACUGAAAGCCACUGAAGGUGGACACUUCACUACCAGAUGUGUAUGCAGUGCCACAGAUGGUCAUUUACACUAUGAGGCACUAAACUUGCCUUCAGAAUUGCUGACUAGAUUGGCUGCAGAAACAGCCCCAAAUGUUCUGAAGGCUUGAAGAGGAACAAAUAAAGUUUACAUACUCUUGAUGUGAAGUGCAUUUAAAUGUUUGUUGGCUUGUUGCAGUGCUAUAUACACAGAGCUGUUAAUAAUGGUAAUCUAGAUUACUGUGAUCUGAAAACUAAAUUCACAAAAACUUGCAUAGCGAAGAGUUAGGUUUUUUUUUUUCCCUCUUUAACACUACAUAUUUUAACAAUAAACAAGGGGUUGCUUUUCCAUUAGCAUACUCCUCUAAAGCGUGUUUGUGUGUGAUGCCAUGGUUCUUUUUCAGGUAACUGCAGUCUUCCUUAUAAAAAUGAAAUUAAACUUACUGGUGUCAGUUACUUUAUAGUCUAACCAUAAGGAAAAAAGCACUAAUGUGCUUUGUACCUGUAUUUAUAGUUUAUGGUUGUUAACAGGAAGCUCUGUGAGGAAAGAAAAGUCAGCCUCCAGGCAGACAGCUAGUGGAGGUUUUACAUUUGUUUGCACAUCUCAGUACAUUCUUUUUGAGGUCAAGUUUGCAUAGUCAUCUGACUUGUGAACAGGGAUGACUUGUUCAAAAUUUGUCUUAGCACCAGUAAUAUGACUCUGGUUUAUCACUUAAUCUUGAAUUUAUUCUGUGGUAAAUCGUUGAUUAUCUUUUGAGAUGGGUAAAAUUCAACUUCUGUUGAACUGAAAGCUUGUUUAGUUUUUCCUCUGUAUAUGAAUUAUUUUUGUUACAAAGCCACUGAUAUGUGCACAAUUGUAAUUUUAUUCAAGUAUGUUGCAGUUGUAAAUAUUGUGCUCUACUUUUAUUUAGCGAUUAUCUAAUUUGCCAGUAGCUUUAUAAUUUUUAAAGAUAAUUAUUCAUUGUUUUGUCAAUGUUAUUUGAACUUAGGAUAUUAGGGGCCUCUUUAUAGGACUUUGCCUAGGUAGCAUGUCCUAAUAUUUGUUCUUGUGUAUAACUCUAAUAGUCUUUGUCAUUACAUGUAACUUUGUUACUCUGUAUGACAUUAUUGUAUCCAUAAACAUGGUAAUUUUGAUACAGUUAUACUUUUACAGUGGUACAUAAUCCAAGGACUAGUGUAUUGGAUAGAAUUAAGCUGAAUGCAAGAUAAGGGAGGGAAGGGUUUUGUUCUUGGUAAUUUAGAUGUGAAACCUCUAAGGAGCUAUCAUGUUAAAUGACAUAGGGGUGGUCGUGCUACUGUAUAAUUGGGGGUGAUGAUACCAGGAAUUUCAAUAAGAUUUUGUGAAGAAUAUCCAGAAAAGUAGUGAACUUAUUUUCAGUAUGACAUAGAAGACAAUGUGAAUAUUUAAGGUCUGUGACUAUACUUAAAACUUCACUAAGACUACAGAAUUGUUUUGAGAUAUGAGAAUAAAGGUAAUUUUGUUGAAUCUUUAUUGGUGCUAAUGAUGGACACUUAAAAGGUAGCUAGUGUAUAUUGUUAUGGGUUGGUACUUAUUAGUACUUCCAAAAUCGAAUUUGAAAUGCUAUGUAUUCACUUUUCACUCUGUAAAUGUAAUUCUUUAUGAUUAUUUAUUAAAGGGCAGCCAGCUGUAAUUUUUACAGGAUUGUGUGAGCUAUUCAAACUCUUUAACCUCUGAACAGGAUAUUAGCUUCCAAAACAAUGUGGAUAAAUGUGGAAACCCACUGUUGAUUUCCAUUAAAUGAAAGAUCCUUA